AACAAUACCAUCUAGUUCCCCACAUGUUCGCCUGUGGUUAGGAGCGUUAAUCUGGCAUGGUUGCUGGUCGACCUCGCUUAGGCGUAAGUACGUAUACGGUAUGUAAACAAAACAGGACUUGGAAGUAGCAGGUGGAAGAAACCUGUUAAACGCUACUACGAAUAGUGUAUAUGAAGAAUGCAUGCAUAGGCCUAAACAUAGACGGUACUGCAAGCGUCUCUACCAGGGAAUUAUUGGAGAGAGUACUGAUCUGGUCCAGGAUGCUAUUCUAGGGAUGUUUGGUAGCUCUUACGUCGACCCAUAUCUUGAACCUUCACUCCAAACAUGAGACGUGACCGAUGAUUUGACUCGUAAAAAUGUGGAAGAAGAUUCGUGAGUCAACGUCAGGUAUAAAUCUGAACUUCAUAUCAAGUCUAAUGCGUAAACGACGCUAUGCGAAAUUCGAGACAGACGAAGAUGCAAGUAAACCACUAAAUGGUCAUCUUCAUGAUGGUCGGGAAAGGGACAGUGGUCAUCUAAAGCUUGACCGAAGGGAUGAGGAAAACAACAAAGUAUCAUGGACGUCAAGCUCUUGUUCUAAACGUCGAGCUGAUGAAACAGCAGAUCACGUGAUUGUCGACACUGGUUAUCACAGGGCGGAAUUGAAGUGUUCUGACAAUAAUGGAAAUAGGAAUUCUAGACGGCCAUUUAACCCGCGACUUAGUGAGCCUUUCAUGGCUGAUUAUCGUUCCACGAACAUACACGAUGAUUCCAUUGACUCGUCGCAUGGUUACGGAAGUGACACUUCGGACAAUGAUGCAAUAACACAUCACGAGUUUUACGAAGCGCGAAAAAACGGAAUUAAAACGCCAUCUUCUUUGAAGGAUGACGUUUCAGACUUUGUGCAUAGUUUGGUUCAGAAACGUUAUCAAAAACUAGAUGACUCUGCAGACGAAUCGGACGACGUCGACUUCGACCGACGAGUCUCGGAAAGUGACGGAAACAGACGACGUUCUGUACGUUCAGGAUCACAUGAUUCCGAUAAUCAAGUAUUCCAUAGCAUAACGGACAUAACUCCAAACUGGGAAGAUAAACCUAAGAAAUCCAAGAAGAGAAGAAAGACAGCCAAGCGAGCUAGACGUGCCGUCCGAUUUGCCUGGAAGUGGACAAAGAGAGGGUUCAUGGGAUACGCCGGGAACAUCGCGUCGGCAAGCAGCUUCCUCGUGGUAUCUCGGUCUGGGCCGUACACUCGCCGGAAGUACACGAACCGGAAGUACAAGUGAGGGAAUGCUGGGAGGCGACAACGGAAACAGAAAGGAGGCACACGAGUAUGUGUAAAUAAGAGACAUCAGUAGCAUGUUAUUUUCAAUACAAGUUGAUGUAAACAUUUAUUAAAAAUCAGAUUUUCAUUUAAUAUUUACAUCUUCCUAUAUACUUCAAAACAAACAGUCCUCUACCGAUGUUUUUAUCAUGUAAUUAUUUUAUACUCUUUGGUCAAUCCACGGGUAUUUUGUUAUUGUGAACGACUUAUACAACCGGAAAGUUUCCAUGAACAGAUUUUGAAACUUGUGUUCCAUUUACUUCUCCUUACCAAAAAUAGUCCAGACAUUAGUUUCCUAGACGUUAGUGUUUGACGUCAACCGCUGUUUUUACUUAAGAGAGAGAGAGUGAGCUUUUUUAAAAGCAAUUACGUUUUUUCCGAUGUCUUUGUUCUUUUCCUGUGACGAGUUAUGUUGUAAGAAAUGAGUUGAAUACUUCGUUCACAAUUUCAGUAAAUGAGAUACAAAACAAUCUGAGUGCAUGUGGACUAAAUAAAGAUAAAAAAGAAUGAAUGCUAACAGACCAAUGAGGAUGACUUACUAAAUGUCAUGACCUGAACGAGGUCGUGUAAAGAUGACCUUUACACUAGCCAAUGAAACCGUGGCAUAUGAAAUCCUGGAAGUUAAUGUACUAUCGUCACGGAAAUAUAUUAGUCUAUAUUUAACUUCAUACUAUCGUGAUACAUUCUUUAAUGUUAAUAACCUGUUAUGAGUUUUGAGCGCCGCCUAACGGGCAUUUGAGACGAACAAUACUUGUUUCAUUCAUAUUGAAACGAAAGUGAGAAAGUUUGGAUAAUAGAAGAAAAUUGAUGGAUAUAUAUAUAGAGAGAGUAUCAGUAUAGCAACGUUUGUACAGUAGUCUGCCAUGUGUACCGGUUUCUAUGAAAUCCAUUUUAUAAUUCUUAUUUUUAAAUAUAUAUAUAUAUUAUUUACAACAAAGAAAUCCAAAGUAGAUAUAUUUUAGAAGUGUGAUUUUAUUUAUGAUUCAUGAAAUUGUUAAAUCCAUAUUAAUUUUGUUACGGAAACUUUGUAUAUAAUGUACGAAAUAUGUUUCAUAUUUUUUUAAUUUUUCAGUAAUUUUUUCUUUAUUUAUAUUAUAUUUAUUCUUUAUUACAUUCCACAUGUUUCAUGAUCUAAAUCAAUUCAGGUAAAGCAAAAUAUUAUGUGUUCCUGAAAAAAAUUGAUAACAACCAUGUUUUACAGAAUUGUGAUUCAUGUAGAAUGGUUUCCACAAUUAGUUAAAACAUAAUUUACCCAGUAGCUGAAUGUAUUCAUCAAAGGUUGCAUACCCAGUAAGUAUGCAGCUUCCUCCACUCCUUCCUUCCCUCUCUCCUCACUCCCUUCCUUCCUUACGAGUACGUGAUAGACAUGAUAAAUGACAUUAUUCCUUUCUUCUUUCCUUCAUUCCUUUCUUCUUCAUUACUACCUUUACUACGCAAAUAGAUACAGUCCAUCUUCUUCUUAUUCACAUUUAGAUAUCGCUCUGAAUUUUCCUUCAUAUCCCUUCCUUCAUAUCCCUUCCUUCAUUCAUUCCUUCCUUCUUCAUUCCUUAAUUUUCCUACGCACAUGAAUACAGUAUACCCUGUUCUUAUUCUAGUUUUGAUUACGUUCUUAAUUUUUCUUCCCUCCUUCCUUUCUUCCUUCUUUUUACUACGCAAAUAAAUACAGUCUAUGAUGCUCUUAUUCAAAUUAACUUAACGUUUUAAGUCUUCCUUCCUUCCUUCCUUCAUUUUCCUUCCCUCGUUCCUUCGUUCAUUCUUCCUUCCUUCCUUCCUUCCUUCCUUCCUUAUUUUCCUACGCAAAUGAAUACAGUCUAUCUGGUUCUUAUCCCAAUUUACAUAUCGUACUACAUCUAUCUAGAUACAAACAAAUAAAAAAGGUGAAAUGAGCAGUUAACAUUACGCAUGUUUAAAUACUGACUCACCCCCACUAUGCUUUCCAAGUUCACAAAUACCUUACUGUCCAAAUUCUCGUCCCCGAAAUCCGCUACAGUAAAUCCGAGUUUUAACAGUGUGAUACGAGAGCCAAAAAAUGGUGCUGUGAACGGCUUACGCUACCUGUUCAAGUUUAUUGUUUCAGCUGUAAUUAACAUUCUGUUAAGUGACAUGAUUGCUUCACGAACAGUACUUUUCGUUGUUCAUAUUAAUUAACAACAAAACAAUUGCAUUGCUUUUCCCAAGCAUGUUGUGUUCAUAUUAAAUUUAGAGGUUUCGAGGACGUUAAACACUUUGUAAGCCUUUGAACUCUGCUGAGUUUCUUAGGGAGUUUAGAAAACGACUUAUAGGCAAUGUUACAGUUUUUUACCUUUCUACAGAUUUUUUAUAUAUAUAUAUAUAUAUAUAUUUGUAUGUUAAUGUUGAUAAAUCGUAUCAAAUCUUAUUUGUCUUUAAAUAAAAGAAUUCCUUUUUGAGGCCAUAGUUU